AUGCUGAAGAACCAAGAGAUAACAAGUAAGAAUCAGGAAGCCUCAAUAAGAAACAUAGAGAGGCAGAUGGGGCAACUAUCCAAGCAAGUUGUAAUUGAAAGGCCAACAAGCUCACUCCCAAGUGAUACCAUCCCAAAUCCUAAAGAGGAAUGCAAAGCCAUCCAACUGAGGAGUGGAAAGACCUUGGUGAGUAACAAAGAAUAUAACAAGAGGCCUAUGGACAAUGACAAAGCUAGCAGCAAGCAUGGUGAAGCUAGCAACAAGGAAGAGAUGACAAAAAGCAAACAAGCUCAAGAGAAGCCUAAAGAAAAAUAUGACCAACCACAAGAUCCAAGGAAAGGGAAGCAAGUAAUGGAGGAAGCAUCUCAAGGGCAAAAGCAGGUGGAUAAGUUCAUAUUUCCUGCAGACUUUGUGAUUUUAGAUCUAAGAAAAGAAGGAAAUGAAUCCAUUAUCUUAGGAAGACCAUUCUUGGCCACAGUAAGAGCCAUCAUAGAUGUUGAACAAGGAGAGCUGACUCUAAGGGUACAUGAUGAAAGCAUUACUCUGAAUAUCUUUCCAGAAGCACAGCAUAAUGAUGAAAAGGAAAAAUGCAUGGAGGUUGAUAAAGAAGACUUGCAGUGGAAGGAAGAAACCAACAAGACACUCAUUAAUCUUCCUCCAAGGCAAGUGACAAGCAGCAAGGCAGGUCAAGAGGAUAAUGAAACUGCACUGAAUGAUGAGAAGAAGCAAGAAGGAAGUGAGGUGUUACCACAGAGAAGACAGAUUCCAAAACACAGCUCACUGUCAAGGGAGAAAAAUCAUCAAGAAAAGGGAAGAAAAUCAAGAAAAAGGGUCCAUGAGGGUGGAAGAAUAAAAAGAUCCCAAGUGAAGGAUUUUCAAAGGGAGACAAAGUGCUGUUAA